AUGGCGUUCACGGUUAUUUUUUUCGGACUUGAAAAAGGCUUCAAUGUUUUUUUUUUCCUUCAAGGGGAAGGACAGUGUGCACGUAUACGAAUGGCUACACAAAUGAUUCUCUCAUACAGUACACAUGAUAAACGACAGGAUACGUCCCUCGGAGCCACAGAUUCGAAGGCGGAAAACGCAUGGCGUUGGCGGGGUUUUAUGAUAUGA